CGUUGAGGCCGGCUGGUUGAUUUGCGGAAAUAUUGAAACUCGGUACGGUACUGACAUAUGAACAGUGCAACGAUUAGUUAAGAAAUCUGGUGAAGUAUCAAUCAUAUUAGUUUAACUCAAGAUGGCGAAUGUUGAGUUGAAGUAUUCACACGUUGUAUCUCAAUCAGACCCGAAUGACAAAACGGUAGUUAUCAUCGGUCAGCUGCAUGCACUGACCAGUCUUCCUUUUGAGUUGGUCAAGCCUAAGCUGGAGCCGAGAGUUGACGCUGAGGGAUUCAAAGCAGCUGUCAGAUGUCUUCAUCCAUCGCCCACAGAUGCAUGUUCCCUCUGGUUUAACAAUGCAACAGUGGCAGUGUUACCGCUGAAAUCUAGUCGUCAUAACUGCCCAGCUAGAUCACAUUCCAUUACUAAACUUGUCAAAACAUGUCUAACUGGUGUUGGUGAUGAGAAUGUAGUGUUGGUGUGCCAGCGAAGUAAUGUCUAUGCAUCUGGAUGCGCAGUUGCCCGAGCAUUUCCUUUAUUUACUCGUAAAUCUGGUAGUGCUAAGCUUAGCCCUCGCACAGUGACAGUUGAGUUUAUCUUGGUUGGUGAUGACAAGGAUAAACCACUGACGGAAUCAGAAAUGAGUACUUUAGAAUCAUCUGCUGCAUCAAUUAGACUAGCACAAAGGAUUGUUGACACACCUUGUAAUGAAAUGAACACAGAUGAUUUCAUAACAGAAAUACAUCAAGUACAGGAGAAACUCAAGUCUAUUGGUAAAAAUGUGAAAACUACUAUAAUCCGAGGCGAAGAACUGAAUAAGAAAGGAUUUGGAGGUAUUUAUGGUGUUGGGAAAGCAGCUAUCAACCCACCUGCUUUGGCUGUACUUAGUUAUACACCAGAUAAUGCAACACAGACUAUAUCAUGGGUUGGUAAGGGCAUUGUCUAUGACACUGGUGGUCUUAGUAUAAAGGGCAAGACAACUAUGCCAGGAAUGAAACGGGACUGUGGGGGUGCUGCUGCAAUCUUAGGAGCUUUUCAAGCAGCUGUUCAGCAGGGUUUUCAAGAGAAUCUGCAUGCUGUCUUGUGUCUAGCAGAGAAUUCUGUUGGUCCCAUAGCAACGAGACCAGAUGAUAUCCAUGUCAUGUACUCAGGAAGAUCUGUUGAAAUUAACAACACUGAUGCUGAAGGGAGGCUGGUAUUGGCUGAUGGGGUGUCAUAUGCAAGUAAAGAUUUAAAGUCGGAUAUUAUUGUUGACAUGGCAACAUUAACUGGUGCUCAAGGUAUUUCAACGGGUAAAAUCCAUGGAGCAAUACUGACCAAUCGAGAAGAAUGGGAAUUAGCAUGUGUCAAAGCUGGCAAGAACUCUGGUGAUCUUGUCUUCCCUCUUGUAUACUGCCCUGAGAUUCAUUUCAAUGAGUUUGCCAGUGCUGUGGCUGACAUGAAAAACUCUGUUUCUGAUCGAGGUAAUGCACAAAGUUCUUGUGCUGGUCUCUUCAUUGGUGCUCAUAUAGGAUUUGAUUUCCCAGGUGUUUGGUUACACAUUGACAUGGCAUCACCCGUACACAGUGGAGAGAGAGCAACUGGUUAUGGCGUCGCACUCCUUCUCUCCUUAUUUGGGCGUGCAUUUGAUACUCCACUUCUGCAGUCUGUAUCUCCAUUGGGCAACACAGAUGAUGAAGAAAUUAUGGAAAAUGCUUCCAAGAAGAUGAAACUAGUCUAGAUAAUGGCUCAAAUCACUUAGCUUGUUAAUCUUUAAAUGCCUUUUUGUCACUUAUCACAAAGUAAAGCUGCAUAAAUCUUCCCAGAUUUUGUGAACAUUUUUCAUCACCUUUUUAGCCAAGGAGAAAUUGUGUCCAUGUGGUCCUAAAUUAACAACAAAAAUGAUUGUAGACAAAUGUGUAAAAAAUAUUGCACCAACAUUUCGGUGUGAUGGCAUUUGUAGGUUAGGUUAACCCAAAACUCCUGUUUGCUAUGUACAGUAGUUUAUAUUAUAAUGAAUAAAUUCAAUUUAGGAAA